ACAAGCAAGUGACACGCAACGGAAAUAAAAUAUCUCUCAGUUUAAUUACAAGAGUAAUCGAAUUAAACUUAUCCAAUUAUUUAUUCUUUAGUCUUUUUAUAUCAAAAAAACUUAUUUUUGAUCCUCCAAAUAUUUGACAACAGCUGUCAAUCAAUAAUAGUGUAAACAAAACACAUGGAUUCGCGAAAUAAAAAAUCGAAACGAAGACCCAAGAACCGGGCAAAUAAAAUCCAUUUAGUUUUCGAUGAAACCAAAAGAAGAGAAUUUUUAACUGGUUUUCGUAAAAGAAAACUAUUGAGAAAAAAACAGGCGCAAGAGAAUUUCGAGAAGGAGCUUAAAGAGGAACGAAAACGAUUAAAAGCUGAUGCUAAAGAAUCUUACAAAAAGUUAGUUGUUUCGUCUAGAGAUAUUCCCGAACUAGAAAACUUACUCCGGGAGGAAUAUGAGGAAGACGACGUCACAGUUAAGGUCGUGGAGUUGAACACCAACGAUAUUGCUAAACAAAACAAUUGGAUAGGGCUUAAUCAACCCAAGUAUAAUGAAGAAGAGCAAGAAGAAGCAAGUAGCAAUGAAGAUACCAAAGAAGAAAUACCUGGUAUGGAGCUGAAAACAUCAUCAAAGAAAGUUAAACUACCUGACAAGAAGAAAUUCCAAAAUGAAAAACAGAUAAAGAAGGAACUGAAAAAACAAGCAACGAAGAGUGUUCAAAAGAGUAAGGUUUUUCAAAAGAAGAAUAAACUCGAAAGGCAAAAACAAAAGAAACAAUCUUUUAAACUAAAGAAACAAAAGGAAUUUACUAGGAACAAAACUAGAGGAAGGAGGAAAAAAUAACUGUAAAAAGUGACAUAGUAAAGUAAAUAUGUUUUUUAAU